CUGUCCUUCAGAAGUUUGUCCAUACGCGCUGAGCUCUCUGUGAGCGCUCACCAGUGUCGAGUCAGAAACAAGAACAGACACGUGCAAACAGCGAGGAAAGACCGGAUUUAUUGAAGACAGACUCUGGAGGCAAAAAAAGCUGUGUCCUGUCUACAACUGAAGCUGACUAGAGUGUGCCAACUGAGAGGAGAAUACCAACUGACCUGGGUACAGCCAGACAGGUCGAGGUGGAUGAGAUUGCGCCAGCCCUUCCCUGUGGUCAGGGUAAACAGCAGCUGUGUUCCGUCAACAAUAACAGUGUUGUCCUCUGACCUAUUGCUUCUGUUUCCAAGUCUGAAGACUGUAAUCACAAACUCCUGCGUCGGCUCAAGCUCUUCUUGCUGAAAAGACAACUCCAGUACGACUCAAGAUGCAAGUGAUCCCCUCUCUCCUGUUAGCUUCCCUGCUCCUCCUGCUGCUCCCGUCCACUGAGAUGAAAAGGCCAGGAAAGGGCAGAGGCCUCAGAGGAGCAAGACAUAAACUUACAAGGGACAGGGUAAGAGGCUCUGGGCGUCACAGCAGAUCAGACCCCUUCAGGUUCUUGGCCCUUCAGCCAUCAAACUGUUCAGAGUCGACAGAAUCUGGAGAGGUCUAUGUGGACUGUCAGGACAGACGUCUCGCCUCCAUUCCCAUGUCAAAGAUCUGGUCCAGAGAACCCAAACACCUCCUGUUAGCCCGCAACCGCAUCAAAGUCCUUCGUGAUGGAGCCUUCUUUGGAUAUGGCAGUUUGACCAGUCUGGACCUGCAGCAGAACCAGAUCUCUUUGGUGGAGGAAGGCACCUUCCAGGGCCUGACUCGACUUAGAACCCUGCUGCUGCAGCACAACCGCCUGGGGACACUCAGUGAGGAGGCUCUCAUCCCAAUGUCAAACCUUCGCUACUUGCGCUUAUAUGAUAAUCCCUGGAACUGUGAAUGCCCAAUGGAUAGUCUCAUACGCACUCUUCAGGUCCCAAGCAACCGUAAUCUAGGAAAUCAUGCCAGGUGUGCAGAGCCCCUCAGGCAAAGAAACAGAAAGUUGAAGGAAGUUGAUACCGAGCUACUGUGUAAAGAGUCACCAUCAACCGGCACUCCACAGGGCGACCAAACGGAUCCCACAGGCCCUAUAGAGCCAAGUCCAAUUCGCAGCAAACUAGAUGCGACAGCACUGUGCCACACCUACAUUUUCCCCCAAAUAAGGAUGGACUGCAGGAACCGAGGUCUAACCAAGGUGCCCACAGGUAUUCCAGAGGAUGUUGUUCACAUCGAUCUGUCCCAUAAUUCAAUCCGUCACCUCAGAGCCAAAGAUUUUCAAGGAGCAAGAAGCCUCAGAACGCUUAACCUCAGUCACAACAACAUGGAGCACAUUGACACAGGUUCCCUGUCUGGGCUCCUGCACCUUCGUGAGCUGGACUUGUCAGAAAACAGCCUGUAUUUUGUUCAGUACGGUGUUCUUGAAGAUCUCUAUUUCCUAUCACAGCUAAAACUGGUAGGAAACCCCUGGGUGUGUGACUACAGCAUUCACUACAUGGUGUACUGGCUGCGUCUGCACCCAGCAGUGAAGCACUCGGGCCUGUUGUGUCGCUCUCCUCCUGAACACACUGGGGAGAGUGUGGAGGAGUAUGUGCAUUCCUACAACAGAGAGUGUCCAAAGGAGAGACAGCACAGCAGAACGGAUUCGGACCAAACGGACCCCGAGCUCUGGAACACGCCGUUGGAAGCGCAGGGAGAGUUGGAGGAGGAGGAACAGGAGCCGAGCCACUUGAGAAUGCCGCAAAAAUACCAGAUUAUCAGGCUGUCCUGACUCAAGUGAAAAUUCACUUUAAAAAAGGGUCUUUGUUUUCUUUUGACUAACUUUCUUUCAGUAUUGUAAAAUAGUCUGCAUCAGAUCAAUUAAUGACAUUUUUGUUGCUUUUAUGUUUUGUCACUCUUGUCUUUUUUUUGGUCAAAUAUUAAAAAAAGAUUGACAUUUUGA